CCCCAUUUGCAAGAGUUAAGGCAUGCAACAAGCACCCAGCAGCUUUGCAUGGAAGCAGUAGCGAGGAAUGAGAUGCUUGCAGAGACUGCCUGAGUGUUGGAUGUGAUAAGAAUCAGGAGCUCCGCCCCCAGUAUACAGCGAGAGAGGUGCUGGCUGCCCAUACACACACAUACAGCUCCUCGCUGGGACGCUAGCUGCUAGGGCUCUGACUUGCUGCAGCCUCUGCUCAUCACAGGGACCUUACUGCGGACCUGGGGGACAGGACAGCCCGGGGUCCAGGGCAGGAAGAGGGAAGAAGUUCUGCUGGUUUCCUCAUUAGCCUUUGGGUGGGUUGGUUUGAUUUAUUUCUUGUCUCGCUGAUUGCUGGACUUGUUCGUGUGGAUGUGACACCGGAGUGAAGAGAGAUGAAGAUCCGGAAAAGCGCUGCUAGGGGCGGCUGGAAGACCGUAGCAAGAGCUGAACAGCAAGAACACAGAUAUCUCACCCAACAGAUUACUGAAACUGCUGGUACGGAGUGGCCAGAUCCAUUAAGACUGAGGAUGAAGUUUGCGGCUUCCUUUUUCUACAUAUGGCUUUUUCUUCAACUUCCCCAACUCGGAUCUUCCACCCAGGUGAAAUACAAGGUUUUUGAAGAGCAGCCACCUAAUAUUUUAAUUGGAAGCUUGGCUUCAGACUAUGGAUACCCAGACUCUAAGCAUCUUUACAAGCUGGAACUGGGGCAUCCUUACUUGCGUGUUGAUGGUAAAACAGGGGAUAUAUAUACUACAGAGACUUCUAUUGACAGAGAGAAUCUUCGUCAGUGCCAGAGCUUGUUCCCAGGACAGCAGUGCUUCUUGGAGUUUGAGGUGUCUAUGACAGAUCUUAUGUCUCCUGUUCCCAGACUUCUGGAUGGACAAAUCGAGGUACUGGACAUUAACGACAAUACCCCCAACUUUGCCUCUCCAGUCAUCACGCUUUCAAUUCCAGAGAACACCAAUGUUGGAGCUCUAUUCCCCAUACCAGCUGCCACUGAUCGUGACUCUGGAAUAAAUGGGGUGGCAUCUUAUGAGCUGAUCGUCGGAUCUGAAGCACAUGAACUUUUUGGACUCCAGGUGGCUGAAGAUCAAGAUGAAAAGCAACCUCAGCUCAUUGUGAUGGAAAAACUUGAUCGAGAACAAAGGGACUCUUAUGACUUAACCAUUAAAGUUCAAGAUGGUGGCAGCCCACCAAGAGCAAGCAGUGCCCUCUUGCGCAUCUCAAUUCUUGACACCAAUGACAAUGCACCCCAGUUUGAGAAAAUGGCUUAUGAGGCCGAAUUGCCAGAAAACAGUCCUGUGGGACACUCUGUUCUUCAGGUGAAAGCAAAUGAUUCCGAUCAAGGAGCCAAUGCAGAAAUUGACUAUUCUUUCCACCAAGCUUCUGACAUUGUACGAAGAUUACUGCAUUUGGACAAGUCAACAGGAUUAAUAACCGUUCAAGGUCUUGUUGACCGUGAAGAGGUGGGUACUCUGAGGUUCUCUGUGGUCGCCAAAGACAAGGGAUCUACACCUAAAUCUGCCCGUACCCAGGUAACAAUUACCAUUCGGGACACCAACGACAACAGGCCAGUAAUUGACAUAAGAGGGUUUGGUCUGGUAACUCACCAGGGUGGAGUGGCUAAUAUCUCUGAAGAUGUUCCAGUAGAAACUCCAGUGGCCUUGGUACAGGUUUCUGACACUGAUGAGGGAGAAAAUGCUGCUGUAACUUGUGUUGUGGCCAGAGAUGUCCCUUUCCAGUUGAAGCAAGUCAGUGACACCGGUACUGAUAGCAAGAAAAAGUACUUUCUACAGACCACUACUCCACUGGACUAUGAAUCUGUGAAAGAAUAUACAAUUGAAAUUGUUGCAGUUGAUUCUGGAAACCCUCCGCUUUCCAGUACAAACUCCCUUAAAGUGCAGGUGACAGAUGUAAAUGACAAUGCACCAGUCUUCUCUCAAAGCCUGAUGGAAGUAUCUUUCCCGGAAAAUAGCCCCGCUGAUGGUAUUGUGAUGGAAGUUAGUGCGAGCGAUGCUGACAGUGGCUCUAAUUCUCAGUUAACUUACUCCAUUUUGGCUGAUAGCUCCUCUCGGGGCAUCUUCUCAAUUAACCCUGAUUCUGGUCAGAUUACAGUCAACACUGUGUUGGACAGGGAACAUCAGGAAUAUUAUAACUUCCAUGUAGUUGCUGCAGACAAAGGUACUCCGAGCCUUAAGGGAACUGCUUCAGUUGUAAUCACAGUUUUGGACCGUAAUGAUAAUGAUCCCAAGUUCAUGCUAAAUGGGUACAACUUCUCAGUCAUGGAAAAUAUGCCUCCUUUAAGCCCAGUGGGCAUGGUGACUGUUCUUGAUGGAGACAAAGGGGAGAACGCUCGUUUCCAGCUUUCUGUGGAACCAGACAGUGGAGAGUUUGUCAUCCAGAAUGGGACGUGUACUAUCCUUUCCAGCAUCUCCUUUGACCGGGAGCAUCAGGCUACCUAUACCUUCCGGUUGAAGGCGGUGGAUGGAGGGGAUCCGCCCCGUUCCUCCUAUGUUGGGGUGACCAUAAAUGUCCUUGAUGAAAAUGAUAAUGCCCCUGUAAUUGUUGUACCCUCAAACAUUUCCUAUGUACAUCUUACUCCUCUCACUCGCCCGGGUACUCAGGUUAACAGAGUCCGCGCCGAGGACAUGGAUACUGGCACAAAUGCAGAACUUGUUUAUGCCAUAGCAAGUGGCAAUCCCUUUGAUCUUUUCCAGAUAUCUCCCAGUGGGGGUGAAGUAACACUAGAGAAAGAAAUAUUAAGGAAGCAUUAUGGUUUGCAUCGUCUUGUCGUACGGGUGAAAGAUCAAGGAAAGCCUCAGAGAUAUGGCACUGCUUUAGUUCACUUCUAUAUCAACGAGACUUUGGCAAACCAAACAUUUGUUGAGACUUUACUUGGUCACAGCCAGGACACACCUCUUGACAUUGACAUUGCUGGGGACCCAGAAUAUGAACGUAGUAAACAACGAAGCAACAUUUUAUUUGGUGUGAUUGCAGGCAUUGUGGCAGUCAUCCUGGUAAUUGUGGUUGUAGUCUUGGUGAGAUAUUGCAGACAAAAAGAAGCCAAAAGUGGCUAUCAGGCAGGAAAGAAAGAGUCAAAAGAUCUCUAUGCCCCAAAGCAGGGUAAUAAAAACAACAAAAGUAAAAGCAAAGCAAAGAAGAGUAAGUCGCCCAAACCACCAAAGCCAGUAGAGGAAGAUGAAGAAACUGGCCUUCAGAAGUCCCUAAAGUUUAACCUGAUGAGUGACACUGUUGGAGACAGCCCAAGGAUCCAUCUUCCUUUGAACUAUCCACCAGGAAGCCCAGACCUUGGACGUCAUUAUCGUUCAAACUCUCCUCUGCCAUCUAUUCAACUCCAACCUCAAUCUCCCUCUGCCUCCAAGAAGCACCAGGUGGUGCAAGACCUACCACCUGCCAAUACCUUUGUUGGCACUGGGGACAACAAUUCCACUGGCUCUGAUCAGUACUCGGAUUACAGCUAUCGGACCAAUCCCCAGAAAUACAACCACAAGCAGUUACCUCAUCGUCGAGUAACGUUCUCCACGUCCAAUCAGGCACCUGACAACCAAGACCCCUCGCAGCACAGCUAUUACGAUAGUGGCCUGGAGGAGUCCGAGACCCCUAGUAGCAAGUCUUCAUCUGGACCAAGAAUAGGGCCUUUGGCUCUACCAGAGGACCACUAUGAGCGCACUACCCCUGAUGGUAGCAUCGGUGAGAUGGAGCAUCCUGAAACUGAUCUCAGACCACUGCCUGAUGUAGCCAUGACAGGAAAUUGCACGCGGGAGUGCACAGAAUAUGGACACUCUGAUACUUGCUGGAUGCCCGGCCAGCCAUCCCCCAACCGCAGGCCCAAGAAUGCCCUCAAGCUCUCCACUUUUGUGCCUUACCAAGACAAGGGGAGUCAAGAGCAAAUUGGUAAUGGGAACCCAAGAAUUCCAGAGGACCGCGUCGGAGGAAACAACAAUAGCACCACCAAAAUGGCUAACAUCCAGCUGUUACCGACUUACAGUGCCUUUUCAAGUAACAGCCAUGAGUCAUGUACGGACUCCCCCAUGGAGGAAAUUCCACUAACCCAAACCGCUGACUUCCAGCAUGCCACAACUCCUUCCUCUCAAUCUGCCAAGAGGGAGAUAUACCUGUGAGAUUUAUUUAAAAAAAUAAAUUUUUGUUUUUGGCAUGGAUUGAACUUAAAGAAGCAUAUAGAGUGAUUUUGGGAUUCACUGAUUUUAAUCAGGAACCUAAUCCAGGCCAACCUUUAAAUAGGAAAGAGAGAAAAGACAAAAUUAUGCUUUAUGAUCCUCCAUGCAACCCUUUUGGGCUCAAGCCAACAGUACGUUAUUGUUUUAUUUUUAAUUAUUCCUAAUGUAAAUUUCCAAAUUCACCCUCACCAUAGACUAUCCAUUGUCAUAAAGGUCAGAUCUGGAUUUUUGAAUGGGGAAGCACAUUUUUUAAAAGAGUAGUUUUUAUAAAAGGGAAUAUGUGCAUUGUGUUUCUCUACUUACGGAAGAGAAACGUGGCGUGAAGGAGGACUUAAUAAGCCAUCAUGGUUUGGUAUUUGAUAUCCUGAUAGAGGGAGGUGUUGCUUUUUUGUUUGUGUCAUCUUUUCUGGUACAGAAAGUAAAUGUGUUCAUGGAUGGGAAUUCCUGUCUAUUCAUAAUGGUUUAGGCGCAAUUGAAAGCUUUUGAUUUGCUAGUUUAUACAUUGUCUCCAUUGUUUAGAAUGUUUUUUUUUGUUUCCUCCUAAACCAUUUGUUAGUGCAAUUGUCUACAAUCUGCACAUAGCGUGUUAAAGCUUCCUCCAUUUGGAGGAAAAUGGUUCUGCUACGAUAAGGAUGACAGGCCAUAAUUUAUACAGUUAUCAACAAUCUUUCAGCAAAAUCAAAUCUAAAAAUUUAUAGUCUGGCACAAUAGCUGCCUUGUGAGAAAAUAAAAAUACAUCUGACCCCAGAUUCCCUUAAGAAAAAUGGUACUGAAUCCCUCCUAGUUUAUGUCUUGUUUAACAAAUUGUGUCUAGAAACAAUAUAUCGAUUGAUCUCAGCACUGACUGUGAUCUUAUACAUUCGAACAUUAGGUUUUUAUAAACCACAAGAAAUGGCAUGCAUAGUCAAAAUGGGACUGUAAAUUUGUGUGGUUUCCUUAGAAUUUACAUGUUUUUUAAGAUAUUUUGGGGUCAGAUGGCCAGCAUCAUCAGCAAUGUUUUAUAUUGACAAAGGAGUUCAAAGCUAGCCUUGUCUUGAAGGGUUGUCCAUCUCUGCACUUGGAGCCAGCUAAUUUUUAGAAUGCCUUUUUGGUUGAAAUGAUUCUUAUUUCAAAGUACUUUGAUUACUAGCAUGCAGUAAACCAACUGAAGGACUGCUCAGUCAUGAGCCAAACCCAACAGAGGAUGCACAAACUGUAGAGGACACUCCCUCAGGUUGGAGAUCAUGAUACGGACCAUUUACUACUUCUUAAAGGGCCUAUUAAUUCUGUGAGACCUGUAAGGAAAAGUGGUGGCAGCUUGUGUCGCCAGUUUUAGAGCUAGAUUGAAGAAGGGGUCAGGAGGAGAAGUGGGGAAAAUAUACCAAAGGUGCCAUCUAAGUAUGGAUGAUGGAAAGGGACAGCCAGAUGGGGACCAAAAUGUAUUCUAUCUGCAUAUCCAACUCAUCCAUAACAGGGUAAGCUUCAAGUUUGACUGGCCUUUUCAUGUAGACUUCUGUAAAUACAAUCCCUUUUGAAUGAUGAUCAAGUCUGCCUGAUUUCAGCUUUUAGUGUUGCGUGAAAUAUUUUGUUUAUUUAUUGUAAUCUCCUUUUAAAAAAAAAAAAUGUUGAAGCUCUGCAAAGUGUUCCAGAGCAGUCGGUCACUUUGAACAGCUUUUGGUUAUGAAAGCAUGGAGACAUGUUUUAUAUGGCAGCCUUGAUUUCUGCCCUUGUUGAAGUGAGAAAGUACAACAUGGUACAACAUGGUUCUUUCAAGUACAUUACACUUAUAUUUGCACAUAACCUGGGAGUCUUCUGAUAGGAGUCUGGAGUAGUACUGUUCACAGUUCAUUCCAAGGACCAGCAAUGCACUGAUAAAGUGGAGGUCCAACAAAGAAUUGAUUGUAGAAACAUAUUCAAUAUUUAUUCUCUUGACAAUAAAUUGUGUUGAAUAGAAAUGCAGAUUAUGCAAAAUGUAAGUACAAUUGCCCACAUUUGUGAAAAAAACCUGUUACAGAUCUUUUCCAAGUAAGCUUUGGCCUUAAAUUCUGCAAAUUUGUUUUUUGUAAUCCAUCACAAUUUAUAGAUUGGUAAUAUACCUCGUUGUUUCUAAAUGUACCUUUGCCAGAGUACUAAUAUACCUUUUACACUUUAUGUGGAAUGAGUAGAGGAGGUAGAAACACUUUGCAGUUCAGCCUGCUGAAACGUUUAAGAGCACAGAUCACACUAUGGGUUUUCAUCUAUUGAAACACGUCACUCACUAACCCAAACUUGUCAUGUGGUUCCAUAAUCUAUCAACCGUGUUCUUUAACAUGAUUUUGUUUGGUCAGAUGAACAAGCAGAUAAAACAGUCUGUGUAGAUGUCACUAAUGUAAUACUGCAGGGAUAUUUCAAAGAACUGCCCUGGAGGUGGUACUUCAUAUACACAAAUACUAGUGGAGGAAACUUCAUGUACACUCCCACUGUUAAACCUUCCAUCACUAUAGUUGUUUGCGUCAUAAAUAUUGGAAGAAAACGUCACACCUUUUAAAAAGGCCCUCACAAUUAUUAAUGUAAACUGGCUGCAACUAUCCAAUAUGCAUUUCUUAUCCUGUUCUACACAGUAUUUUCUUCACUUGCGGUUUGUACAGGCUUUCCCAAUUUAAAAAUUAGAAUGUUAUUCUAAGAAAUAGCCCCUUAAGGAUACAUGACAGAAAUAUUCCGUCAUGAUUCCCUUUUAUUUCAGAAGUUGUGCCCGUAAGGGGAUGGUUUACCAUUUGUUUAAAUUCAAAGUUGUACAUUCAAUUUCUAACCUAUUACAAAAUACUACUGGUAUUGUCAUCUGUAUUUUGGGAUAAAUAAAACUAAUUCAAUAUCAUACCUUGAUUUAAAAAAUAAGUAGAAAACUGCGUUCGGUAACCCAUUAAAAAAAUAAAAUAAAAAUGUUUCACUAUUGGACAUUACUAGAAAGUUGUCAUAUGUAUUUAUGUUGAUGCAGAGAACUGCUACUUUAAUCUAGUGGGUCAGGAAGUGUAGCAGCAUAAAGAACUUUCCCCAGUCCGCAGUGUGUUUGCUGAUAGGUUGAAAGUACAUAUGAACACUCUCCCAAAUCAAUCUCUGUUGUGGCUCUGUUCACAUACAAGCAGCGUUCUACACCAGCAACACAGAAGACUGUUGUAGCAGGGUUUUAGCUGGUAAUAAUAUGUCAUGUUUAUCAAACACCAUACAAAGAAUGGACUUAAAUCAACAUAGCUCUUUAUUGCAGCUUUGAGUUUGAGACUUUUUAUCGAAGUAUAAUUCCACCUAUUAAUUCAUUGGGCACAAUGCUGUCACAGCAAUGCCAAUUGGUUUCUACUUAGCCUUGAAGUGCUUUUACCAAGGACAACAUGGUUGAAUUUAAAUAUUUAUGAUGUAAUUCAUAUAUUUAUAUGGCGUUAAAAUAAACUAUCACCUUGUAGAAAAUAUCCGUUUUCCUGGCACUGCUGGACCCUGCAGUGCCCCUCUCCCUCCCACCCCCCAUCCCAUGUUGCUGAAGGGGUCAGGCUCUUGGUGCUGGGUCAGGCUCCGCCCACGCUCCUCCCCUGCCGACGUCGGAAACCUGCCGCACGCGCGUAAGACCUCCACAUAGGAAAGCAUUAUUCAAUGCUUUCCUAUGAGGAUUCCGGC